GGUCUGAGUGGGUCCCUCCCCAGGCCCCCUGCCCGGUGGCUGUCCCGGCGGGCCUGUCCCCGGGGUUGGGGCCCGUGUCUCGGUGGGGCAGUCGCUGCGGCCAUUUCCUCCUCUUUGUGUGACACACCGAGGACGACGACGAGGAGGAGGUGAAAGAAGAGGAGGAGGCGGAGCUCCGAGCGGCCGCCGGAGCCCGAGCCGCAGCCGAGCAUCCCUCCUCCUCCACCGCAGCCGAGCUCCCGCUCCCCGGGCCCGGCAGCGUGGAAGUGUGAGAGACACCGCAGCCAUGACGACCCACGUCACCUUGGAAGAUGCCCUGUCUAAUGUGGACUUGCUGGAGGAACUGCCACUCCCAGAUCAGCAGCCCUGCAUCGAGCCUCCACCGUCCUCCAUCAUGUAUCAAGCCAAUUUUGACACAAACUUUGAGGACAGGAAUGCCUUCGUGACUGGCAUAGCCCGGUAUAUCGAGCAGGCCACAGUGCACUCUAGCAUGAAUGAAAUGCUAGAGGAAGGACAUGAGUAUGCAGUGAUGCUUUACACCUGGAGGAGCUGUUCCAGAGCCAUUCCUCAGGUGAAGUGCAACGAACAGCCAAACCGAGUGGAGAUAUACGAGAAGACUGUGGAGGUGCUGGAACCAGAAGUCACCAAACUCAUGAAGUUCAUGUACUUCCAGCGCAAGGCCAUUGAACGCUUCUGCAGUGAGGUGAAGCGACUGUGCCAUGCAGAGAGGAGAAAGGACUUUGUCUCGGAGGCCUAUCUCCUAACCCUGGGCAAGUUCAUCAACAUGUUUGCUGUCCUGGAUGAGCUGAAGAACAUGAAGUGCAGUGUCAAGAAUGACCAUUCAGCAUAUAAGAGAGCAGCCCAGUUUCUGAGAAAGAUGGCCGACCCCCAGUCUAUCCAGGAAUCUCAGAAUCUCUCCAUGUUUCUGGCAAACCAUAACCGAAUCACCCAGUGUCUUCACCAGCAGUUGGAGGUGAUCCCAGGGUACGAGGAGCUGCUGGCGGACAUCGUCAACAUCUGUGUGGAUUACUACGAGAAUAAGAUGUACCUGACCCCCAGUGAGAAACACAUGCUUCUCAAGGUGAUGGGCUUUGGCCUCUAUCUGAUGGAUGGUAAUGUCAGUAACAUUUACAAACUGGAUGCGAAGAAGAGGAUCAACCUUAGCAAAAUUGACAAGUUCUUUAAGCAGCUGCAGGUGGUCCCUUUAUUCGGCGAUAUGCAGAUAGAACUGGCCAGAUACAUUAAGACCAGUGCUCACUAUGAGGAGAACAAAUCCAAGUGGACCUGCACCCAGAGCUCCAUCAGCCCCCAGUACAACAUCUGCGAGCAGAUGGUGCAGAUCCGAGAUGACCACAUCCGCUUCAUCUCUGAACUCGCGCGGUACAGCAACAGUGAGGUGGUGACGGGCUCAGGGCUGGACAGCCAGAAAUCUGACGAAGAGUAUCGGGAGCUCUUCGACCUGGCCCUGCGGGGGCUACAACUGCUAUCCAAGUGGAGUGCCCAUGUCAUGGAGGUGUACUCUUGGAAGCUGGUACAUCCCACUGACAAGUUCUGCAACAAGGACUGUCCAGGCACCGCAGAGGAGUACGAGAGAGCCACUCGCUACAACUACACCAGCGAGGAGAAGUUUGCUUUUGUGGAGGUGAUUGCCAUGAUAAAAGGCCUCCAGGUGUUAAUGGGACGGAUGGAAAGUGUCUUUAACCAAGCCAUCAGGAACACGAUAUAUGCAGCCCUGCAAGACUUUGCACAGGUGACCCUGAGGGAACCCCUGAGACAGGCAGUGAGGAAGAAGAAGAAUGUUCUCAUCAGUGUCCUGCAGGCAAUUCGGAAGACCAUCUGCGACUGGGAGGGGGGGCGAGAGCCCCCCAACGAUCCUUGCCUAAGAGGAGAGAAGGACCCCAAAGGAGGAUUUGAUAUCAAGGUCCCUCGCCGAGCAGUAGGACCUUCUAGCACCCAGCUUUAUAUGGUAAGGACUAUGCUAGAGUCCCUCAUUGCUGACAAAAGUGGCUCCAAGAAGACUUUGAGGAGCAGCCUGGAUGGGCCCAUUGUUCUCGCCAUCGAGGAGUUCCACAAACAAUCCUUCUUCUUUACUCACUUGCUCAACAUAAGCGAAGCUCUGCAACAGUGCUGUGACCUGUCCCAGCUCUGGUUCCGAGAAUUCUUCCUAGAGUUGACCAUGGGCCGCCGGAUCCAGUUCCCCAUAGAGAUGUCCAUGCCCUGGAUUCUAACGGAUCAUAUUUUGGAAACCAAAGAACCUUCCAUGAUGGAGUAUGUGCUGUACCCCUUGGAUCUCUACAACGACAGUGCAUAUUAUGCUCUGACCAAGUUUAAAAAGCAGUUCCUGUAUGAUGAGAUUGAAGCUGAGGUGAACCUGUGUUUUGAUCAGUUUGUGUACAAGCUGGCAGAUCAGAUCUUUGCCUACUACAAAGCAAUGGCUGGCAGUGUUCUUCUGGAUAAACGUUUCCGAGCUGAGUGUAAAAAUUAUGGAGUGAUUAUUCCCUAUCCGCCAUCCAACCGCUAUGAAACACUUCUGAAACAGAGACAUGUCCAGCUCCUAGGGAGGUCAAUUGACCUGAACAGGCUCAUUACCCAACGCAUUUCUGCUGCGAUGUACAAAUCUCUAGACCAAGCCAUUAGUCGCUUUGAGAGUGAGGACCUGACAUCCAUUGUGGAAUUGGAGUGGUUACUGGAGAUAAACCGUCUCACCCACCGACUGCUCUGCAAACACAUGACCCUGGACAGUUUUGACGCCAUGUUCCGAGAGGCCAAUCACAAUGUCUCCGCACCUUACGGCCGCAUCACCCUGCACGUCUUCUGGGAGCUGAACUUUGACUUUCUUCCCAACUACUGUUACAACGGUUCCACUAAUCGAUUUGUCCGAACAGCCAUUCCCUUCACCCAGGAACCUCAGAGGGACAAGCCUGCUAAUGUCCAGCCAUACUACCUCUACGGAUCCAAGCCUCUGAACAUUGCAUACAGUCACAUCUACAGUUCCUACCGAAACUUCGUGGGACCACCGCAUUUCAAGACCAUCUGCAGGCUCUUGGGCUACCAGGGAAUUGCAGUGGUGAUGGAGGAACUUCUGAAAAUUGUCAAAAGCCUGCUACAAGGGACCAUUCUCCAGUAUGUUAAGACACUGAUAGAGGUGAUGCCGAAGAUUUGCCGUUUGCCCCGCCAUGAGUACGGCUCCCCAGGGAUCUUGGAGUUUUUCCACCACCAGCUGAAGGACAUCAUCGAAUAUGCAGAACUGAAAACUGAUGUGUUCCAGAGUCUUAGGGAAGUGGGAAACGCCAUUUUGUUCUGCCUUCUUAUAGAACAAGCUCUGUCCCAGGAAGAAGUCUGUGAUUUGCUCCAUGCGGCUCCAUUCCAGAACAUUUUGCCCCGAGUAUACAUCAAAGAAGGGGAACGCUUAGAAGUCCGGAUGAAGCGUCUGGAAGCAAAGUACGCCCCUCUUCACCUAGUCCCUUUAAUAGAGAGACUGGGAACUCCUCAGCAAAUCGCCAUUGCCCGGGAAGGCGAUCUGUUGACAAAAGAGCGACUGUGCUGUGGACUGUCCAUGUUUGAGGUGAUCCUAACACGCAUCCGGAGCUACCUCCAGGACCCCAUCUGGCGCGGCCCACCCCCCACCAACGGGGUCAUGCACGUGGAUGAGUGUGUGGAGUUUCACCGACUCUGGAGCGCCAUGCAGUUCGUGUACUGUAUCCCGGUGGGGACCAAUGAGUUCACAGCCGAACAGUGUUUUGGAGAUGGCUUAAACUGGGCUGGCUGCUCCAUCAUUGUUCUCCUAGGGCAGCAGCGACGCUUUGACCUAUUUGAUUUCUGUUACCACUUGCUGAAGGUGCAGAGGCAGGAUGGGAAGGAUGAGAUCAUAAAGAAUGUGCCUCUGAAGAAGAUGGCUGACCGGAUCAGGAAGUACCAAAUCCUGAACAAUGAGAUCUUUGCCAUCCUCAACAAGUACAUGAAGUCAGUGGAGACGGACAGUUCCACCGUGGAGCACGUGCGCUGCUUCCAACCUCCCAUCCACCAAUCGCUGGCCACCACUUGCUAAGCAGAGGGAAUCUGCACCCCCUAGAAGUGAGAGUUGGAGGUGGUCAGGACCAGAAUCCAAGAACUGGAACAAGUGGGCCAGGCACCAGAUCAAACUGGACUCCCUUAGCAAACAUGCACCCAAGCCCACCAUCCAGCUCUCUGCAUGUUCUCCCUUGACAUCUCUGUGGUUGAUUUCCUCCAUAGCUUAAAAGAAAAAAAAAGGCAGUUCAUGAUUUUCAUUCUUGUUUUCUCUUUGUUGGUAUGAGAAAGCCAAGCAUUUGAUCUUCCCAUUCCACCCAGUCCCCAAACCUCCCUACCGCACUUCCUCAGGCAGCCAUCAGCUGAUGUCCACUACAAAGAUGACACCUUAACCCUGGGCUGCCCGUGUGCCUGGGAAGACUCCUUUGGAGUGAGCGGUAUCAAAGAAUAUGUGGGGAACUUGGAACCACAUGGUAAAGGCAGAAGGAGUGAUUCUCAUUCAGGUCUUGAUUGAGCAGCCUCACCCUGCUGUUCUCACCUGGUGCCCAUCUCUUUCCACUUUUCUUGCUUGGGGUCUUUCUGCAUUGGAUUCCAGAGAUAAUGCAAUUCCAAGAAUGGGAAUUGUAUAACACUCAAGGACUGAACUCUAAGUACACGGUCCUCUAAGGGCUAUUUGGCACUGCAGACAUAGAGUAGGUGAGAGUUAUUGAUGGACAAUUAAUGUUGUAGAUGGUUUUACUAUAGCCAAUUUGCUGAUUCCAAAAGCUACAUCAAAACCUCCACAAGAAAACUCAAAGCUUUGUUCAUCAGUAUCACACACUGGUUGGAAAGAUCACUAGUUGCCUACAAAAUACACAUAAUCUAUUAAUAUAGGGCACACGUGAAUUUCUUAUCCCCAGAAGAGAAAUCUUUUAGACUGUGUUUCUCUCUGAUCAUUUCAGUAAUUUUCUGGCUUCUUGGGGAUUUUCUGGAAAUCUCAAUAGACUUCUAGUAAUCCCUUUGUGGAUUCAAAACAACCCCUUAUGUAAGGUAUACAAUGCAAAGGAAUGCCCACCUCCAACUCAAAGAAAAACUUGAAAGAAUUGUUAUACUAUGUGCACAAAUCAAUAAAUGCCAAAUGUUCCCUCCAAAGGGGAAUUGGUUAAUUGGACUUUUAACUUGUUGCACAACUAGUUUAGUAUUCCAAUCUCUAAUGGACCAAAGAGCUGAGAGAGCCAUGGUUCAUUUCAUUUUUAAUUCGGAUCUACAUAUUUCUUAGCACCCGUUUAAUCAUAAAAUGUUUUAACUUAAAUCUGGAUGAAAUGAACAGGAUGCGAGUCCCGCUGUUAUGUAUGUUCAGGAAUAUGGGCAGAUCUUCCAUGCUGGAAGUAAACCUUUGGAGAAAAAACUAUCAUGAGAUGGAAGCUAUAAGAGUCUUUCCUCUAUGUCAUCUGUUAGAGUAACUGGGAGUGUGUGGUUGAAGUACUAUGUUCCAGUGCUGUUCUUGGCAAACAACAUAGAAUAGGAGUAGCUCCCUAAAAAUAAUUGACACUAACCAAUCUGGCCAUUUUACUGCAUAAUGAAGGAGCCAAAAUGUAUCAGAGUGCCAGUUUAUCUCAUUCACAACCUAGUCGAGGAAAGUGGAGAGCUGAAGACAGAUGGAGUAAAGGCCCGGCAUGCCCUGUUUGAGAGAGCCGUAAUGGCUCUACUAUAGCCCAGGAAGACCAAGAUAAUAAUCCAAAGUGCCAACCCCAGCAAAUCCAGGAAGAACUUGGGAGAGGGGGUGAAAGAGAAGAGACCAGCAAAGAUGUAGUAUUAAUCAUAUGGGUCAUGAAUCAGCAAAAAUUUUAAAAAGUUUUUUUUUUUGUAUUUUUUCUUUCAGAGAUAUUACAAGAUAAAUGAAUAAGCAAAUGAAGGGCAUUUUUACACAUAAAGAGUCAUGGAUCUGUUUUAUCAAUCAAUCAUAUUUAUUGAGCACUUACUAUGUGCAGAGCACUGUACUAAGCACUUGGGAGAGUACAGUUCAACAGAGUUGGUACAUACGUUCCCUUUUCACAACGGGCUUGUAGUCUAGAGGGGGAUCCAGACAAUAAUAUAAAGAAAUAAAUUAUGGAUAUGUACAUACGUUCUGUGGUACAUUAGCUACCAAUUGCAAUUAAAUUCCCUAAAAGAGCCACAAAAUACUAAAAUAUAAUUUGAUGGUCAAAAUCAUCUGGAAAUAUUGGUUACUGAUUUCAACUGAGAGGCUUAUUUUUCUUUUUUGACUGAUGCUUUGUUACUAUAGAAUCCCAUUGGACUGAGAAUAGGGGAUCUUGUGUUUCUCACCUUAAAAUCAAUUAAGUUAAAUUUGCUCAUAUGGUAUACCUGAGGACCAACUAGCUAUUUUCCCAGAUUAUUAGCCUUCGACAUCCCUUUCCUGCCAGAAAUGCAGGUGAGGGGAGAAUUUGGCUCUGGGUUUUUCACAUAUAUUUUUACUGUGCUCAGGGGUGGUUUCUAUCAAAGGUAAAGUGGGGUAGUUCAGCUCAAGCUGUAGCUGUAGCCCUUUUUAUGCUCACAUAAAUUAAAUUUGAGUAAUGCUAGCCUAUAAAUGGCAUAUAUAACUUAGGACUUUUAUUUCUGUGGAAAAACUAUAUAAGAAGCAACUUCAGAACAUUUAAGAACUUUCUUUCAUGUGUUCAGAUCAAUAUGAUAAAUACCCAAUUCUCCUUAAGUGGCUACAGGACUUGAAAUUGAAGCAAUCAAGGUUAUGACCUGAACUACCCAAAGAAAAAGAUGCUUUAGAAUUUGAUUUAUUUGCUUUGGUUUUGAUGUUUGAACUGAGUGAAUACUGAUCAGGGACCCAACAGCCUGCAUUGGAGUCCCCAUAGAAACGACACCAUUGAGGUUGGCCCUCAGAAAACUAAAAAAAAAAAUCCUUUGGAAAUUUGUGUCCUUUAGCAGUAUUUUAAUUUCAUCCCACUUUCCAGCAGCAGUUGUUUAUGAGCAUCAAGCAACACAUCCAAUCAAUCCUGUUUCUCCCAGUAUUACUGUUUCAGUUUAAUUUGUUGUGUGUUCAAGAACAAGGAAAAAAAACUUGGGUUUUAAAAGUGGAAAAAAAAACACAAAAAAAAUGUUUGCAGAAACUGUCAAAUGUACCAUAUUUGUAUUAAGACUCGGAGUUUUUUGUACAAUGAAUCUAUGUUUAUUUAUGGUGAGUUAUAUUUACGCUAGUGAUCAAAUCUCGUGGUAAAUUCUUGAAUCAUAUUUGCUAUGCAGCUGAAGAAGAUAUUUUGUUUUGUAUUUUGGGGUACUUAUGUUCAGUCAAUAGACAUUUUCAUCUCCAUUAAAACUGCUUACAUACUGGUAAAA